CUUUUUCUUUUUUUCUUUUUGUGAAAUCAACUUUUUUUCUUGACCGGCUCUCGUAUUUACAGACACUAGACUAAAAACAAGCAGCAGCAGCACCGCCGCCGUCACAACUCUUCAUUAACUAUCACCACCAUCUUUCUCAAUUACUAGGUGAUUAAUGGACUCCCAGCUUCUGUUACUUAACAAGAACAACACUUUAACAAAGCUUCCACAAUUCAGUUUCUUUGCUUCUCCAAAACCCAGAUACAACCCAUCUUCUAAUUUCUUGGUUGUUGAAGGGUUUAAGUUGAAGAGAGUAAUGUGUGCAAUGAAGUCAUAUAGGUUGUCAGAACUUAAUAAUUCAGAGGUUGAGAGUUUGAAAGCUCGGCCUCGUAUUGAUUUUUCUUCCAUUUUUGGAAUUGUUAAUCCUAUUGUUGAUGAUGUUCGUCAAAGAGGUGAUGCUGCAGUUAAAGAUUAUACUUCAAGAUUUGACAAAGUCAAAUUAGACAAGAUCGUCGAGAAUGUUUCUGAGCUUCCUGAUCCGGAGCUUGAUGCAACUGUUAAAGAAGCAUUUGAUGUGGCGUAUAACAACAUAUAUGCAUUUCAUCUUGCUCAAAAAUCAGCUGAAAAAAGUGUUGAAAACAUGAAGGGUGUUAUUUGCAAACGUGUGGCUCGAAGCAUUAGUUCUGUAGGUCUUUAUGUACCAGGGGGGACUGCAGUUUUGCCAUCCACAGCUCUGAUGCUUGCUAUUCCUGCACAAAUUGCUGGGUGUAAAACUGUUGUCCUUGCGACUCCCCCAGCUCAGGAUGGCAGCAUAUGCAAGGAGGUACUGUAUUGUGCCAAGAAGGCUGGUGUCACUCACAUCCUUAAAGCUGGUGGAGCUCAGGCCAUAUCUGCAAUGGCUUGGGGAACAGACUCUUGCCCUAAGGUUGCAAAGAUUUUUGGACCAGGAAAUCAGUACGUGACAGCUGCAAAAAUGAUUCUCCAAAACAGUGAAGCAAUGAUUUCAAUUGACAUGCCUGCUGGUCCUUCUGAAGUUUUAGUCAUUGCUGACAGAUAUGCUAGUCCUGUUCAUAUAGCUGCAGAUUUACUAUCCCAGGCUGAACAUGGCCCUGACAGUCAGGUUGUUCUUGUAGUUGCUGGGGAUGGUGUGGAUAUGAAAGCCAUUGAAGAGGAAAUAAGUAAGCAGUGUCAAAGCCUACCAAGGGGUGAAUAUGCUUCAAAAGCCCUGAGCCACAGUUUCACUGUCUUUGCUCGAGACAUGGUUGAGGCUGUCUCCUUUUCAAACUUGUAUGCACCUGAGCAUCUGAUCAUUAAUGUAAAAGAAGCAGAAAAGUGGGAGAGCUUUAUUGAGAAUGCAGGUUCUGUGUUCCUGGGUCCGUGGACACCAGAGAGUGUUGGGGAUUAUGCCAGUGGGACAAACCAUGUCCUUCCAACAUAUGGAUAUGCACGGAUGUAUGGUGGGGUAUCCUUGGACUCUUUCCAGAAAUACAUGACGGUGCAGUCUUUGACAGAGGAAGGUCUUAGAAAGCUUGGCCCAUAUGUGGCAACCAUGACAGAAGUUGAAGGACUGGAAGCUCACAAGAGAGCUGUAACUCUCAGACUUCAGGAUAUUGAAGCCAGACAGGUUUCCAAUACGAGAUAGUGUAUCGAAUAGGCACCUGAUCUUCAAUAUGUAAUUAUUUUUUGGGACUAAAUUGUUAGCCCACUUGAGUCGACAAAAAUCCUCACCUUGUUUUAUCCCUAAGAAGUUUUGGCAUGUAAUGUAACUUAACCCUUUGAAUCAUAAAUAAAUCUCUUCUGGUUCAUGUCCU